UUUUUUGGCGGGAACGCGAGGAGUGAAGUUGUGUGAUUUGUUUUAUUUUGUCUAUUUAGUGUUUCUUCGGGUUUAAAUGUAUAAGAAUGGUGGUUUAUUAACUGUUUAAUAUCUGUGAAAGUGCACAAAUGUGGGAAAAUGAAACAAAGCCGCUGGACGUAACUUCUCGAGAUCCUCCAAAAAGUCCACUGAAAAAAUCUUAGUAAAUGACCACCAUUUUACUGAGAUUAUAUUUCAUCCCAUUUCAUUUCAUUUAAUUUUACCCCAGUUGAUUAAUGUCUCAAAUUAGUCGUCUUCAUUUCAUUUCACUCCAUAAUAUCAUUUUUCAUAAAAAUGAAUAUAAAUUAAAAUAAGACAUGACUUAAAGGUCUCAGUUACCAGGUCAUAAAAUCCCUUAAAAAAAAAGUAAAGGUGCUAGUCAUCGGCGUCAUUUUACAUUUCGUACUUGCCUACUUCAAUAUAUUUGUCGUCACUCUAUUCAAACUAUUUCAAACAGUUUACUGUAAAGGGUUAAAGUACUUUAAGGGUUCACAGUGACACUGCAUAUCAUAGUAAAAUGUCUACUGCACUGUUUGGCAAUACGUCUGGUCUUGGGGGAAGUUCAGGAGGAAACAAACACAUAGUAGAAUUUCGUGCUGGUCGUAUGACGUUGAAAGGUCGUAUGGUACAUCCAGACAAAAGGAAGGGGCUCUUGUAUGUUUACCAAGGAGAAGAUUCUCUCAUGCACUUUUGUUGGAAAGACCGAACUACGGGGGAGGUUGAGGAUGACUUGCUUAUAUUUCCUGAUGAUUGUGAAUUUACGCGUGUGAAUGAAUGCACCACAGGCCGAGUUUAUGUACUCAAGUUCAAGUUGUUUUCGAAGAAGUGCUUCUUCUGGAUGCAGGAGCCAAAGGCUGACAAGGAUGAAGAAUACUGUCGGCGCAUUAAUGAAGCAUUAAACAAUCCUCCUACAUCUGGUGGGCGUGGAGGAAGCAGUAGUGGUGGGCAAGAUCGUGAAAUACGUAAUUUACUCAACAAUAUGUCUCAACAACAGCUAAUGCAAUUAUUUGGAGGUGUUGGUCCAGUGGGAGGAAUUACUUCUCUCUUAGGAACAAUGGGGAAUAACAGCAGUAGCAGAACAUCUGGCAGCAGCGCGUCUCGCAGUGGCAGCACUCCACGCAGCAGCACAGAGACACGUACACCUGCUCGCGCUCGUGACCUGCCAGCUGCGACACCCGCUCCCGCCGUUACCGCGCCCACACCUACUGCUGCAACCGCCACAACCACGGCCACAACGACUGCCACACCACCCAAUACUGCCAAUGCUCCUGCCCAGAAUAGAAGCGGACAAAUAUUCCUGUCGGAUCUGCAGCGUUACUUUUCCGAACUAGGCACAGCUCCGCCGGAAGGGAACGGUGCGUCAAGGACGGCCCCCGUAGCUGGUGCAGUCAAUGUCGAUCUGGGCAGCGUUCUGUCAGCUUCCGACGUAGUGUCUACUGCUUCGGCCCCGGAGAAUGCCGUGCGACUGGCGCCACACCUGCCCGCCCAGGACGAUGCCGCAAAUCAGUUUUCUUCAGCGGUGGGUUCCGGACAGAUGGGGCCAGUAAUGUCACAAUUCGGCUUACCGUCGGAAGUCUCAUCUGCUGCAAAUACGGGAAACAUUGAAGCCGUCUUCAAGGCACUGGAAGACACUUCUUCUUCGUCAGGUACCACGACAAAAGAAGACGACAAAAAAAAGGAUAAAUCUAAAGACGAUCAAAAUAGUAAAAAAGAUGAUGAUGCCGGAAUGUCCCUUGAUUAAUUUAAUGUAUUAACCCUCUUCCUGAUAACAAUUUUUAUAUAUUUUGUAAGCGUGAAUGUUAUGCUGGUUUUACACUAUUGCUAAACAGCGGCAAGCACCUACAAGUAUCAAAGUGAGAAUUGGGCAUUAAGUUUGUACGAAAUUGUAAGACGAAUUUUUUGAUGAAAUUGGUAGUCUCAUUUCCGUUGUUUUGUUUUUUUUUUCAAUAUAAAGCGUUAAAUCAAUUUAAUAAUAGAAACGAGCGAAGAAUGUUGCUAAUUUAUUGCAUUAUAUUGUGAUGAAAAUUGUAAAAUAUAAUGAGAAUCUUAAUUCUCUUGAUCUGAGUUCCCUAUGACACAAGUACUAUAGUAGCUAUCAAUGUUCGGCUCAAAUAUUUUUUCUAAGCUUUGUACAUACUUUGGGACUUGCUGUGUAUUAUAUGCGUGUAAAUUCAGCACUAACAAUUAGGCCCAUCACGCGAAUAUCUUAUAACUUUGCUAAAAUAAACGAUAUAUAUGUACUUUUAUAAUAGUAUUAUUUGUUUGUUCCUGUUCACCCAGAAUAACAGUUUGGGAUAAUAUUAGUUGGUAUAAGUUUAGGGACCAUUCAUAGACUCCUGGGUUGUUAAAACAAUUCUUGCGUAAAGCUAGGGCAAGUUACAAUGAAUAUUUUUUUUCAUAUCUAAUUAACAGUUAUAAUAAUAUUAAUAAUAAUUACCUUUACAAAAACCAUUUAUGUCAAACUAUAAAUAUUAGUGUACGUAAUUAUUUAAUAAUGCACAUAGGUAACAAUUUAUUUAAAAAAAUCUUGCGUAAGAACGUAGAUUGGGAGUCUGAAAUCGUAUAGAUAUGUGUUGUUACAGUGCACAGAAAAUUAGUUAUUGUAUUAUUAAUGAAUGGCCCUUUAGUUAUUAUACAAAAUAGUGUAUUAUGACAAACAAAUUUCACUCUAAUUAUUUUAGCGAUUUACUUUUAUUGACAAAAAUAAUUAAAUUUCGUUUAAUAUUCAAGCAUUUUAUUUCUUUUCAACUGUGAAUAAAUAAUAUAUAUUUUCUCACGUACAAAA